UGAAUGGCACGUGGCAUGAGUGGGAGUCAUGGAGCGCGUGUAGCGUCAGUUGCGGUGGCGGGAGCAGAAAUCGCACACGCUCAUGCUACGGGCCUUUUUUUGACGGCUACCCCUGUGAAGGACCGGACUCGGAAACUGGAAACUGCAGUGCCGCCCCUUGCCCAGUGGAUGGCGAGUGGAUGUCAUGGAAUUCUUGGGAACCAUGCAAUGUCACCUGUGGGAACGGGAAUCAAGUACGCUCUCGUGAGUGCAAAGAACCUCAGCACGGUGGCGCCCUCUGCAUUGGUGACGUCACAGAAUUGCGAUCAUGUAAUCCUCAGCCUUGUCCAGUUGACGGUUACUGGUUGCCGUGGACGGAGUGGGACAAGUGUACUCACACCUGUGGGAGCGGGUCCCAACGGCGCGCCAGAUCCUGCGAACCUCCCCUGCAUGGCGGGCGGCAGUGCGAAGGAGAGGAAGCGGAGAGCAGACAAUGUAAUGCCGAACCUUGUGCAGUAAACGGUUACUGGGAGCAAUGGGCCGCUUGGACAAACUGUAGCGUCUCGUGUGGCGAUGGAUUUCAGUCACGCUACAGAAACUGCACUCCACCGAGGUACGGGGGUGCGGAAUGUAUUGGAAAAGCACAGGAAGAACGCAACUGCUCAACUCAGCCAUGUCCAGUAAAUGGUUACUGGGAGAAAUGGUCCGCAUGGACAAACUGUAGCGUCUCUUGUGGCGGUGGAUUGCAGUCACGCUACAGAAACUGCACUCCACCGAGGUACGGCGGUGCGGAAUGUAUUGGAAAAGCACAGGAAGAACGAAACUGCUCCACUCAUCCGUGUCCAGUCGAUGGCGAAUGGACAAGUUGGUCCAAAUGGUCAGAAUGCAGCGCUACCUGUGGAGGCGGGAAUCAAACCAGAGAGCGAGCAUGCUCUCAGCCUCUGUUUGGUGGAAUACAUUGCCAUGGCAACUCCACAGAAAUUAGGGACUGUGGGUUGAACCCAUGUCCAGUGGAUGGAGUGUGGGAACAUUGGGGGGAGUGGCAAGGGUGUGACUUGACCUGCGGUGGAGGGAAACAGAGACGCAGGCGUCGCUGCAUUCCAGGUCAACAUGGCGGACGUGACUGUGAUGGGUUGGACGAGGAAAUUCGUGAUUGCAAUGAAAUGCCCUGCCCAGCGCCAGGGAUGUGGACAGUUUGGUCAACUUGGGGCUCCUGUGACGCCAUGUGUAACGGGGGAUAUCAAAUCCGGUACCGGAACUGUGACGCUACAGUCGGACUCUGUGAGGGAGAGUCACAAGAAAGAAGAGACUGCAAUGUAGAUCCUUGUCCGGAAUGUAUUGACAGCCUCCUUUUCUUUACCACAGAGGACGGUGUUUUCAUGGACUGGUCUACCUGGAGCUUUUGUAGUGCCAGCUGUGGUGGUGGUAGCCAGAGACGAUCCCGCGAAUGUGACGGCCCUAGAUACAAUGGCAGAAACUGCACGGGACCUUGGGAAGAGGAGCAGCCCUGUAAUACACGACCUUGCCCAGUUGAUGGUUACCUCACUCAAUGGUUAGAAUGGACGGAAUGUAGUGUGACGUGUGGUGGUGGUUCACAGGAGAGAAAUCGCACGUGUGUAGAACCUCAAUAUGGCGGCCAAUCUUGUCAUGGCGAAUUACAUGAAAACAGAUCGUGCAAUAUCCGAAACUGCCCAGUUGAUGGGUUCCUCACUCAGUGGUCGGAAUGGAGGGAAUGCAAUGCGACGUGUGGUGGCGGUUCACAAGAGAGAAAUCGCACAUGUGUAGAACCUCAAUAUGGCGGCCAAUCUUGUCAUAACGAAUUACGCGAAUACAGAUCUUGCAACGAACAACAGUGCCCAGUGAAUGGUUACUUCACUGAAUGGUUAGAAUGGACGGAAUGUAGUGUGACGUGUGGUGGUGGUUCACAGGAGAGAAAUCGCACGUGUGUAGAACCUCAAUAUGGCGGCCAAUCUUGUCAUGGCGAAGUACAUGAAAACAGAUCGUGCAAUAUCCUAAACUGCCCAGUUGAUGGUCACCUCACUCAGUGGUCGGAAUGGACAGAAUGUAAUGUGACGUGUGGUGGUGGUUCACAGGAGAGAAAUCGCACGUGUGUAGAACCAAAAUAUGGCGGCAAAUCUUGUCGAGGCGAAUUACGCGAGACAAAAGGUUGCAGUGAUCUGCCCUGUCCAGUGGAUGGGUUUUAUACCGAGUGGUCACCAUGGAGUCAGUGCCAGGUCAGUUGUGGGGGAGGACAUAUCGUUCGGACCCGCACUUGUCAACCACCAAUGCAUGGCGGUCUUCCCUGCCAGGGCGCCGCAACGGAAAGAGAAACAUGCAAUGAACACCCUUGCCCAAUACAUGGAUAUUUCACUGAAUGGGAAAACUGGAGCAACUGUAAUGUAACUUGUGCCGGCGGGACGAGGACAAGAAAUCGGACCUGUGUGGGACCUUUUCAUGGAGGAGAUGACUGUCAAGGGACAUGGGGGGAGAUGGAACUCUGCAACGAACAACCGUGUCCAAUUCCAGAAUGGACUUCGUGGAGUUCUUGGAGCCAAUGCAGCAAAACAUGCGGGGUAGGAGUUCGGUAUAAAACCAGGAGCUGUACCAUUUACAACAAGUGUGAAGGCAACCCGGUCAUCCACAUCAAGUGCAACGUUUUCCCUUGUGAACCAGCUAUUUCGUGUGACCAGUGGAAGAAACGUGGUCUCUCUGAAAGCACAGAAACUUUUGUGGACCCCGACGGCCCAGACGGCCCGCUGGAACAGUUCCCGGUGUUCUGCAACCUGACAGAAGAUGCAUCUUACACGGUCAUAGGUCAUGACAAUGAAGGUGAGAACCACAUCCAAGGGUUCGAAGGUGCUGGAGAGGGAUUCCGUUAUGUUACCUACAACAAAGCCUCUGUGCAGCAAGUGGCAAAACUUGUCGACGUUUCACAGAACUGCCAGCAAUACCUCUCGUGGCAAUGUUUCGGAGCAGCCAUUCACCACCCCGAGAAGAAUAUGACCCUAACGUACUGGCUUACCCGGUCACUGGAGAUGGCCAACUAUUGGUCUGGUGCCUCCCCGGGUAGUGGUAUGUGCGAGUGCGGCAUGACCGGAUCUUGCGUGGACAACUUGAAAUGCCAUUGUGACAAGAAUGACGAGACUUGGCGAGAAGACUCCGGGCUGGUAACCAACAGAGCCGAUCUCCCCAUUACCGGUGUCAAGAUUGGCGAUACAGGAAGUUCAUACCAGCCAGCUCAUCAUGUGCAAGAAAGAGGUGUUCUGACUAUUGGUAAAUUGAUUUGCUAUGGCUAAUCUGACAAGGAAGAAAAGGUCCGUAUGCGAUUGACUGAAUUGACUCAAAAUUGCUGACUGUUCGGAGACCCCAGGGAUUCUCUUGUUACAAAUACAACCUUAAGUUUUAUUCUCUCAUGGAAUCUGAUUCCACUGUAUGAAAUAGGAAAACUUACUUGAAUCAAAUUUUAUUGUAUUCGACUUAACAAUACUUGCAAGAAUUUCAUACAGGCUAAAAUGUUUUAUGUCUUACAAGGAAUCGUUUAGACUCUACACAAAGCUAUGUACGAGCACAGUCAAUUUAAACAGGAAUCUCAACACUGGCAGUGUGCUUACGACGACAUCCACGGAGAUGUAUAAUGCAUGUUCGUUAAUACAAUGAACUAUAUAGACACUGAUUGUAGGAUCUAGGUUCAUAAAACUUUGUGAUUACAUUCAUCCACGUAAAAAACCAGCAUAUACAUUUCUUUACUAAGAAGCGACUACUAAUGGCACAAAACCCACAUGUGGAUAAAUAUUUAAUUUAUUGAAAAUAACCCCUCAUCAUAACGUUGGGAAAAUACAAUGUUUAUUUGCACACGCAAUCAUUUUGUUAAACACUUUUUUAAAGAAUUGGAUGGUGGUGAUAGUGAUUGUGGGCAAAGAGGCCUAUUCAGAAACACAAGGAUAUGCUUAUAUUCUGAAUCUUCGUUCUUAGGCCUUAUAUAUUAACGGGAACUUCCGUAAGCUGCCAUCUGUUGUUAGUGAAACAAAGGCUGACAAUCGAUAAAUGCACAAUUAAUUAGCAAAUGUUCACCACCUAAGCGUUUCAUAACACCCGCGUAGAUGUAUCAUUGACAGAUACUCGGUUGAUAAUGAAAGGACGGGAAAAAAACUUGACAAAAUACGAAUGUUAUAUAUCAUGUUUGGAACGAUAAGAGAAAAGGGGCACAUACUGAUAAAUAGAUGAGAAUAACCGUGAAUGCAAUUAUGACAUCAAGUCCAAAUAUUUCUUAAAUGACUUGAUCAUUUUUGAUGUACAUAUCA